AUGACUUCAGCGAUGAGAAUAUUGUCAUAUGGUGUCACAGCAUAUGCAGUUGAUGAUUACAUACGUAUCGGGGAAAGCACUACAAUUCAAAGUUUGCAACAAUUUUGUAAUUCAGUGAUUGAAAUCUUUGGACCAGAAUAUCUGAGAUCUCCAACAGUAACUGAUAUUGCUAGAUUACUUGUUAUUGGGGAGGUUCGGGGGUUUCCGGGUAUGUUAGGAAGUUUAGAUUGCAUGCAUUGGGAGUGGAAAAAUUGUCCAAAGGCAUGGCAAGGUCAAUACGUAGGCCAUCAAAAAAAACCAACCAUUAUUCUUGAAGCAGUAGCAUCUUAUGACUUAUGGAUUUGGCAUGCAUUUUUUGGAAUGCCUGGCUCACACAAUGACUUGAAUGUGUUGGUGGAUUCGAACAUGGAUCAGCAUGUUGCAUGCUUCUUUUGGGUUGUGAUCGAAAUUCAUCCCACUUACAACUUCGGCGGCGCAAAAUAUCCCAACAUGUAUCAAAUGUGA